CAUCUUUCUGCGCAAUCGAAGCUCUUCAAUCGAAGGAGUCUGGUAAAAUGGGAAGGAAUGUUGGUAAAAUCAGGUGGCAAAUGCUGGCCGGGCCAAAGGACAAUUAUAAUUUAUGAAAGGCAUAUCAUUUUCUUUGUUUUUAUAAAAAAAGAAUAAGAUAAUAAAAUUUUAAUUUAUCUGAAAAUUUCAGUUCAAUUAUAUAGGUAUUUUGUAAGAAAUUUGAAAAAAAAUAAAAUGUGCCCGGUUGUAAAAAGGUGCCUCAUUUUACCAGGACACACAAAGAUGGCGCCGUAGAGAUCUGACAUCGUCUGUCAAGCGGUCGAAACAUGUUGAAAAUGACUGAUCGCGAUCGAGUUGGGGGGAGAUUUGUGAAAAAGGGUACAAUGAAUAGAAGAUUAAACAUGAUGAAGAUACGUGAGGCUACUGUGACUCAAAAUGUUGCACAAACAGAAGGGCACACAUGUGAAUCGAAUGAUGAAUCAUGGAGAAAAGGGAGGCGAAUCGUUGAGUUGGAUCAUAUGGCGAAACAAAUGAACUGUUGGGAUUGUGGGCACACACUGACUUUAAAUAACAUCGUAAAUGAAAGGCGUCAAGGGUUUGCUUCAAACCUGACUAUUACCUGUGAGUGCGGUGUUCUGAAUGAAGUAACAACUGGCAAGUCACACAGAGUUAAUAAACGCGGACCUGCUGUGUUUGACAUAAACACAAAGGCAGCUUUAGGUAUGCUUCAUAGUGGAUCCGGGCACACACAGGUCACCAACUUUAUGUCUUCCAUAGAGAUAGAGGGUAUGCACCAUAGAACUAUGAAAGCCCGUGAGUGUGAAGUGGAGCCACAUAUCCAAUCUGUUGCCCAGCAGUCAUGCAGUGAGGCCUUAUUGGAGGAAAUACAGGGCAAUGUAUCAGCAAGAAGUGUAAAUGAAUCCAAUGACGGUCAGCAGGCUCGCAGCUCUGGGGAGUUUAAGUACGACAUGGGAUGGCAGAAGCGUGGGUCAGGAAGGGCCUAUAACAGUAAAUCUGGAGUGGGAACAUUAAUCGGCAACAAGUCCGGGAAAAUAUGUGGCUUUGGUGUUCGAUCAAAGGAUUGUCGCAAAUGUUCCUUUCAUACAAAUAUGGGGAAAACUCCUCCAGAACAUAAGUGCUGUAAAAAUUGGGAGGGCUCGUCAAAAGCAAUGGAGAGUAACGUUGCAGUUGAAUUAGUGAACAAAAUUGAAAAAGAAAAUGUUGAAGUAUCAGUGUUAGUUAUGGAUGACGACUGCACAACAAUGGCACGAAUCAAUGAAGAAAUUCCACAUCCGGUGAUCAAAUGGAGUGACAUUAGUCACACUAAAAAGCAUCUUGGUAACAGUUUAUACCAACUACAAAAGAAACACAAGAAUUUCAACAACAAUUGUGUCAAGUAUUUUCAAAAAUGCUUCUCUUACGCUAUUGUACAAAAUAAAAAUGAUACAGAAGCAUUAAAGAAAAACCUAAAGCAAAUAGUGCCACAUGCUUUUGGAGAGCAUGACCAGUGUGACUCAAAAUGGUGUACUUAUAAAACUAAUCCUGAAGAGUUCCGCCACAAGUCCCUUCCAUCUGGAAAAGAUCUACAGGGUGAUGAAUUAAAAAAUGACCUGAACAUUAUAUUUGAAACAUUUAUCAAUAAUGCUCACAAGAUUUCCCCUGCUGCAUCUACUAGAGAUGUUGAAUCAUUCAAUAAUUCAAUUGCUGCAAAAGCCCCCAAAAGACUGCACUAUUCUUCAUCAUCUAGUUUGCAAAAUAGAGUUAGUUGUGCAGUAGCAGAGAAAAACAUGGGCUCAACAUACGUCAACAAAGUUAACGAACUGGUGGGUGUUUCGCCUGGACGAGUUUUUCAAAAACUUGCAGAAAAAAAAGACAAAACGCGCAAACGCAGACUCGCGUAUGAAAAUACAAGAGAAUUCAAAAAAAGAAAACUUGAAAGAAAAUUAAAAAACAGUACCAUGAAUUCCGCUUCUCAAAUUCGGGAAGGAGUAACUUAUCAGUCAUCUGUUGAUUUGACACAAUCUGACGGCGAGUUUGUCAAAGAAAUACCUGCUCCAAGCAUUGUACCAACUGUCACUCCAUGUAUAUUACCAAAGAAAUAUACCUUUGUGUAUUGUGACAUCGAAACAACAUCUCUUAAUAAAACGUGUGAUAUCAUUCAGAUUGCGGCUGUUUCAGAAAAUGGCAAGUUUUCGAAAUACAUCUUACCUAGUCAACGAAUUUCAACAGCAGCUUCUCAAGUCACUGGACUGACUGUUCAUGGAAAUGUUUUGCAUUUGAAUGGUACUCCUGUAACAUCCGUUUCAUUGCAACUUGCAUUGGCAUCAUUUCUGGCAUGGUUAGAUGAUCAAAAGCCUUGUAUUUUUGUAGGACAUAAUUUCUUGAGGUUUGAUUUACCUAGGGUCUUACGAAAUUUUGAAAUUUGUCAUUUUCUUCAUGCUUUAGAACCAGUUGUAUUAGGUGUAGUAGACACACUACUUCUGUUUAGAGAAGUUUAUCCUGGUCUGGAAAAAUAUUCACAAGAGUUUCUUGUUACAUAUUUUUUAAAUGAAAACUAUGCAGCUCACAAUGCUGAGGAUGAUGUUCUUGUUCUUCAAAAACUUGUUCAACAUGUAAAACCGUGCACUGAAGUUCUUGUACGCCACAGUUCAAGUAUGCAUACCUUGGUUGAGAAGUACCUUUUUGACAAAAUUGUAGAUAAAAACUUAAACACCUUGUUAGUUUUAUGCAAUGAUAAGAUACUUUCAAAGCAAAUGUGUAAAAAGAUUGCUGAAAGUGGAUUAAACUUAGGUCAUCUAAAACUUGCUCACACCAGAGGUGGUUUAAAAACACUCUUGUCUGAAAAAUUCGAUGGGAAACCUCGAGUAACAUCAAAAAAAUGUUUACUUGAAAAAGUAAAUAAGUAUUUUGAAGACAAACAGUAAGGCAAAACAAAUUUUAGCUGAAUGUAACAAUAGACAUUAGACGUUUAAUUGGCUGUAUUUGUACAUGUAUAGUUUUUUUGCAUCUUAGUUUUACAAGCUCUGUAUAGCUGUAAACAUUUGAAUGUAUAUAUGGCCAUACCAAUUAGAAAAGUAAAUAAUAUUUCUGUAGUUUUUUAAUUUCAGCAUUUAAGGGACAUUAUCCCUCUGCUAAGAAGGAUA